CGGUUUCCUCUUCACAGCCCUCUAUCUUCCCCCGUCACACCGUUAAACAGUCCCCAAAGACACGAAAGCGUUCAGACACACGGGUGCUGUUUUGUGACUGCCGACUUUAGAGGACGAGAAACAUGAAGAAGGAUGCUCGAGUCUCUCGUGUACUGAGCAGAAGAUCGAGGCAGCAGAGUGAGGCCUAAGGCUCGGACCGACCCGUGAGCAUUUGGAGAAUCGCUCUGAACCGGUGAAAAAUUCGAUUCACGUCGCCUGAAGGACUGCUAUUGUUUUUUGUUGUUGUUGUUUUUCUCUUUUCAGAGUGAAUGUUCGUAUUGUAAGUGACAUAUCUGCUUCCCUUUUUUUUUUGUUUUACCGCACACAAGUUUGUGUGUUCGCUCAUGUCGUGUCUUCCGUCCUCUUGAAACGCAGAGGACGUUGCUCAACAUAGGACAUGCUUUACCCUCAUGCUCUGGUGCUCAGCAUUUAAACUUUAACAAGACUUAUUUUGGUCAUUUCUUGAUCUUCUCCGUGAAAUCCACCGAUCAACCAGUCAGCCGUCAAUCAACCAGACAUCAUGUCCUAAAAGACAUGAAUGAUUUCCCUCCAUUUUGGACUUAACUGACCUGAGGAUUGUAGACCCACACAGAGAUAUAUAGAAAGCAAAUCAGGCCGCGGGCAAGGAAUUCUGGGAAAUCUCGUUGGCUGUGAUUCGAGGAAGUUAGGAUCCUGGAAUUCCUAAGGAAGGUAGUGAUGGGAAACGCAGCAGGCGGUUUGGAACAGCCCGAGGGCUCGGAUGGCGGGGGCAACCCGGCGCCUGGAACCAUCAGGAAGAAAACGGCACCUCCGAAACUGCCCAUGCCACCCGAGGAUGAGCUGGAGGAGCGCUUCAACGUGGUGCUGAGCUCCAUGAACCUGCCUCCUGAUAAGAUGACGCUUCUGAGUCAGUAUGAUAAUGAGAAGAAAUGGGAACUGGUCUGUGAUCAGGAGCGUUUCCAGGUGAAGAACCCUCCAUCUGCAUACCUAAAUAAGAUCAAGAGUUUCUACCAGGAUCAAGGAGGAGUGACACGCAGGUUUAAGAAGCGCAUUCAGGAAUCCACUCAGGUUCUGAGGGAGCUGGAGAUCUCUCUGAGGACCAAUCACAUUGGAUGGGCUCAAGAGUUUCUGAAUGAAGAGAAUCAGGGUUUAGAUGUGCUGGUGGAUUAUCUGUCCUAUGCUCAGGGUGAUGCACCGUUUGAGUUGGAGUCAGUGGAGAAUGGAGGUUCUGUUCCAGAUAACAGGAGGAUGUCCGAGAGAUCUGUAGAGGAUCUGACCAAGAACACCACGAUUUCAGCAACGCAAGGCAUGACCCGGGCUGCUCGAGCGUUCACAGUCCGGCUGACUAAUCUGACACAUGGCAGGAAAUCUCUGAAAAAUCGCUUAAGCCAAAGAGAUGAUGUACAUGUUUGCAUUAUGUGCCUGCGAGCUAUCAUGAACUAUCAGUCUGGCUUCAACCUUGUAAUGACGCACCCUCGCUGUGUGAACGAAAUCACACUCAGUCUCAACAACAGGAACCCCAGGACAAAAGCCCUCGUGUUGGAGCUGUUGGCUGCCGUGUGUCUCGUUAGAGGUGGACAUGACAUCAUUAUCUCAGCAUUUAACAACUUUAAAGAUGUGAGUGGAGAGAAGAACAGGUUUGAGAAGCUUAUGGAGUAUUUCAGCAGUGACGACAGCAACAUUGACUUCAUGGUGGCGUGUAUGCAGUUCAUCAACAUUGUGGUUCACUCGGUGGAAAACAUGAAUUUCCGGGUACACCUUCAGUACGAGUUCACGCAGCUCGGUCUCGAUCAGUAUUUAGAGUCCUUGAAGUUGACAGAGAGCGAGAAGCUGCAGGUUCAGAUCCAGGCGUACCUGGAUAACGUGUUCGACGUGGGCGCUUUGCUGGAGGACGCAGAGAACAAAGGAGGACUAGUGGAACAUCUGGAGGAGCUGCAGGAGCACAACGCACAGCUGAGUGCUAAGCUGCAGGAGUAUGAGAAUGGAGCCAUGGAGAAAGUGGCUGAACUCGAGCAGCAGCUCAUGCAGGUCACUAAAGAGUCAGCGAUUCUCAAGGAGAGCUUGCGGGAGUCAUGCGCUCAGGUCAGCGCUUUGCAGCAGCGUGAGCGCGAGCGUGAGAUCCAGAGAGAGCGAGAGAAGGAGCAGGAGCGCGUGUCUCAGCCGAGAAGACAGAGCGUUGAGAACAGGGACGCCGAGGAGCAGAGGGACAGCAAGCUCGAGGUAAAACUGAGGGAGCUGCAGGACAAAGGUUUGGUGAGGCUCGAGAGGACGUCCUCGGGGUCCCUGGACAUUGAGGUCAUCCCCGUGACUGUGGUGCAGACCGUUCUUGCUGGUGGCACCGAAACGGACUCAGCACCAGCCAAUCUGGCUGCUCCGUCGGCAGCUCCUCCUCCACCUCCGCCUCCUCCUCCGCUACCUGGUGAGGAAGCUUCUCCCGCCGCUUCUGCCGCGCCUCCACCCCCACCUCCACCUCCUCCUCCUCCUCCUCCAGGGUGUGGAGGCCCGCCUCCACCACCUCCUCCUCCUCCUCCAGGUGGAGGCCCGCCUCCUCCCCCGCCCCCACCUGGGUGUGGUCCGCCUCCUCCACCAGGAGCCGCUCCUGCGGCCGAAACAGUUAAGAGCAGAAAGCCGAUCCAGACUAAGUUCCGCAUGCCGCAGCUCAACUGGCAGGCUCUGAAACCCAACCAGUUGGAAGGAACUGUGUUUAAAGAGCUGGAUGAUGAGCAUCUCUUACAGGAGUUGAACAUGGACAUGUUUGCAGAAAAGUUUAAGACGAAGGCUCAGGGUCCUCCAGCUGAUCUCUCCAAGAUGAAGGUGAAGGCUCAGAAAGCUCCCACUAAAGUUUCUCUUCUGGAGGCGAACAAGGCCAAGAACCUGGCCAUCACCCUGCGGAAGGCGGGCAUGAGUCCCGACGCUAUCUGCACCGCCAUCCAGACAUAUGAUCAGCAGGCCCUGAGCCUGGACUUCCUGGAGCUCCUGGAGCGCUUCAUCCCUUCUGAUUACGAGAUGAAGCUGCUGCAGAACUACGUGAAGGAGGGACGUCCCCUGGAGGAGCUGACCGAGGAGGACCGCUUUAUCAUGAACUUCGGUAAAAUCCCGCGCCUCGCUCAGCGAAUCAGCACGCUCACCUUCAUGGGCAACUUCCCCGAGAUGGUCAAGCGGAUGCAGCCGCAACUGAACUCCAUCAUCGCGGCAUCCAUGUCGCUAAAGUCUUCCAGUAAGCUGAAGAAGAUCUUAGAGAUCAUCCUGGCUUUCGGGAACUACAUGAACAGCAGUAAGAGAGGCGCGGCCUACGGUUUCCGUCUGCAGAGUCUCGAUCUGCUCUUAGACACCAAGUCCACCGAUCGCUCUCAGACUCUGUUGCACUUCAUAUCUAGCAUGGUGCAUGAGAAAUACCCCGAGCUGGCCGCCUUCCACACCGAGCUGCACUUCAUCGACAAGGCUGCUCUAGUGUCUCUGGAUAGUGUGCUUCAGGACGUUCGCUCGUUAGAGAGAGGGAUGGAGGGAACCAAGAAGGAGUUCAUGGUGCAGGAUGACAUCGUGGCACUGAAAGACUUUGUUAAGGUCAACAGUCCGGUCCUGGACUCGCUAGUUAAAGACGGCAAGACGGCGCAGGAGGCGUAUGUUUCAGUAGUGGAGUAUUUUGGGGAGAACCCGAAGACCACACAGCCCUCCAUGUUCUUCCCUCUGUUUGUCAGAUUCGUUAAGGCCUACAAGCAAGCCGAGCACGAUAACGAGCAGAGGAGGAAGCAGGAGAUGGCGGCCGAAGAACAGAGCACGCCCUCGCCGAAGAAAAAAGAGAGCACGCCGCAGAAGGGUCCCAUGAUGCCGAAGAUGCCUCAGAUGGAUCUGAUAGCCGAGCUGAAGAAGAGGCAGGUGAAGCCGCAGGUCACUGACGGAGCCAUCGAGGACAUCAUCACGGAUUUGAGAAACUCUCCGUACCGUCGAACGGACGGACGAAGACCUGCGCAGCGGCAAGAAAAUUAACCCCGUUAUUCCCGGUCCCACGACCAACCUAAAACUAAACAGUGUUAUAGCUUGUAUUAGGGUUAUUAUACAGUAACUUGCACCAGACUUCAAAUUCUUAAAUACACCCAUAUUAAAUAUAUAUAUAUAUAUAAAUACACAUAAAUACCCAUCCAAAUUACACACUAACAGAGACAUCAUACACACACUCAUACGAUCAUCCUUAUCACAUAUUAUUAUUAUUAUUAUUAUUAUAAUUAUAUAUAUAUAUUAACUAUAUUAUUAUUUUUUAACCUUGUAUUACAUUUUGAAUGGCUGUACAUAAAUAAUGAUCUGGUUAAUGAUCUGAACUGUUUCAUAUCACCCGGCGUGCAUAUACUUUUGGAUUUAAUAGAGCCGUGGUGACAUUCAUGUGAAAAAAAAAAAAAAAAAAGACAAGGUGUUUUUAGGAAAAGAUCACUGUAUUAGAAGAUAAAGUAGACAUGAAUGUCUUGUGCUAAACCAUUAAAAAAAGCUCUGUUCAGCAAUAAAAGAAAGUGUUUA